GGCACCAUUUACGGCCACGCAUCGCAACCACCAUCUGAUGUCCUUCAGAACCUCAUACCUCUAGCUACGGAGAUCGCCGAAAAAUGGUCAAGCUCAGCAAAGAAGCCAAACAGCGGCUCCAGCAAGUGUUCCAGUGUGGGCAGUUUGUUGUCCGGUGGGGUUUCAUCCCCACUGUUUUAUAUUUGGGAUUCAAACGAGGAGCUGAUCCUGGCAUGCCUGAGCCCUCACUAAUAAGUUUGCUGUGGGGCUGAGAGCUUGCAGUGAUGACAAUGAGAGAUCAAGCCACUGUAAGCCAUCUUCACCACACCAUCAUCUCCACCCACGGCUGCCGGCGAAAACCCCAUGGACACACCAGGCACCUCUUGAGAGGACACACCACAGCCAACUGGACCCUCUGCUGUACUGGAAUACAGUGUCCAGUAAAGGACAACCUUAGUCUACAUCCUGGUGAUAUACAUCAAUGUCAGUUCUGUCUCCUAAGAGACUGUUUUUUUUUUUUUUUUUAAUACUUUACUCUGAAAGUGUCAGCAGGUGUAGGUAAUUAUGUCCAUGAAGUGCUUGUCUUUGUCAUUGAGGAUUGUGCUGUAUACAUGUCUGUCCAUUUUGAUAAGCGUCUGUGUUUUAUUUGCCCAAUAAAUUCCUUGAAUGUUGAUAAAAUGAUCCAUUUCAA